CUUUUGUAUUUAUCUCCUCGUUGACACCCCCCUAUAAAAAGCCCAAAACCCCAAUCUCUCUCUCUAUCUCUAUCUCUAUCUCUAUCUCUCCCCAGAAAGUCUUUGACACAAAAUCAAGAAUCUUUAAACUCAAAAUCACCCACAAAAAAACAUGAGUUACUACAAUCAGCAACAACCCCCUGUUGGUGUCCCUCCUCCCCAAGGUUAUCCUCAAGAAGGGUACCCCAAGGACGCAUACCCUCCACCAGGGUACCCACCACAAGGCUAUCCCCCCCAGGGCUAUCCUCCACAGGGCUACCCUCCUCAGGGAUAUCCUCCCCAAUACGCCCCUCAGUAUGCCCAACCACCACCCCCUCAACAACAAUCAUCUAGCAGCACUACUCUCAUGGAAGGCUGUUUGGCUGGUCUGUGCUGUUGCUGCCUAUUAGAUGCCUGCUUCUGAUAAGAAAACUCGGCCAUUUGGCGUAAAAAUAGGGGCCGGCCUCCAAUGGGUUUCUUUACAAAUGGGUUCUUAUUUUCUAGUUUUUAUAUUUUGUUUUUAAAUAACUUGGAUCUUCAUUUGGAAAUGUAUUAUUUUCUUAUGAUUCUGGAUUUCUGCUUUCAAUUAAAAGUCUGGUUUUUGGGUGAUAUAACUUGGGUAAUUGAGUCUUUAAUUUUAAUAUUUAUUUGUAUCUAAGUAUAUUAUUUGAAUUUUACUGAUUUUUUUGUGAUAUUUUUGUCCUCCAUUGAUCUAUGUGUAUUUUUUUUAGAAAGUGGUGCAUUAAAUAUUUCCUAAUUUUAUGGGA